AUGCGAGAUUUUCCUUCAGCGGCAGGAGGCGCACACUCAGAGAAUGCUGGAAGUUCAAGGGGGAAGGACCCACUUCCACAGCGGAGAAAAACGAAGAGGAAAAAGGCGAACGGGCAGCCAGCGCUAAGGGACAUACCAAGCCAGCAGUGGGCGACUGCCUCUGCCCUGAGCGGCUCCUUGUGCUGCAGCCCGAGAGGAACUCGGUGA